UCUGCAAGAUAUCGGAAGAGUAUAUAAAGUCUGAACUUACUGGAGUUAAAGGAGAAUAAGCUGAGAUGAAGUCGGUGUUUCUCUUCCCUUCACUCUUGGUUCUAGCUCAGGGGAGCACAGAGGAGAGAGAAUGGUGGGAGACGACCAUCUUCUACCAGAUCUAUCCGAGAUCUUUCAUGGAUAGUGAUGGGGAUGGCAUUGGAGAUCUAAAUGGAAUAACCUCUAAACUGGAAUAUUUGAAGGAAAUAGGUGUCGGUGCAACUUGGCUCUCGCCUAUGUUUUCAUCCCCAAUGUAUGAUUUCGGGUAUGAUAUCUCUGACUUUUACAAUGUCCACGAUGAGUAUGGAACUAUGGAGGAUUUUGAAAGACUGAUCGCCAAGGCGAAUGAAUUAGAUAUUAAAAUAAUUUUGGACUUGGUGCCUAACCAUGGCAGUAACGAAAGUGAAUGGUUUGAAAAAGCCCUUCAAGGUGACGAGAAAUAUUUUGAUUACUUUAUUUGGGAGGACGGAGUAGUUGACGAAAAUGGUGAUCUGCAGCCGCCGAACAAUUGGCUGAGCGUUUUCCGUAAAAGUGCCUGGGAGUACAGGGAAGAAGUAGGAAAAUAUUAUCUUCAUCAGUUUGUCAUCGGUCAACCAGAUUUCAAUUACCGCAAUCCUGACGUAGUCGAGGAGAUGAAAAACGUCAUUCGGUUCUGGUUCGACAAAGGCGUUGCUGGAUUUAGAAUUGACGCUAUCGCGCAUCUUUUUGAAGUAGACAAAGAACAAUUUGGUGGCAAAUACCCAGAUGAACCUAUUUCAGGAAACAGUUUGGACGACCCGUUAAGUUACAGUUACUUGAACCAUAUAUACACAACUGACCAAGAUGAAACUUACGACAUGGUUUAUCAGUGGCGUGAUGUUUAUGAAGAAUAUAAGGCUAAAGAUGACUUUUCCAGAGUAAUGAUGGUUGAAAUCUACGCAAGUCCUCAGAAAACAAUGAAGUACUUUGGAGAGGGUGAUCGCAUAGGAGCACAUAUGCCAUUUAAUUUUGCAUUGAUUUCUGACGUCAACGGUGAAUCUACGGCUGCUGAGAUCAAGUAUGCUGUUGAUAAAUUUUUGACCUUUAAGCCCCUUGACAAGUUAGCCAACUGGGUGACGGGUAAUCACGACAAUAGUAGAGUAGCUUCCAGAUACAGCCCAAAGGUAGUAGAUGGAAUGAACAUGCUUGUUCUCUUAUUGCCAGGCGUUGCCGUGACUUAUAUGGGUGAAGAAAUUGGAAUGGUAGACGGCUAUGUCAGCUGGGAGGACACAGUAGAUCCAAGUGGAUGCAACACUGAUGAUCCCAUCAACUACUGGCAAGCGUCAAGAGAUCCCGAAAGGACGCCUUUCCAAUGGAGCUCUGACAAAAAUGCUGGAUUUUCGACGGCAGACAAGACCUGGCUGCCUGUUGCUGAGGGCUACGAAACCUUGAAUGUGGAAGUGCAGCGUGACAUCACCAGGUCACAUUUGAACGUCUACAAGGCGUUGGCUCAACUUCGUACGGAGCCUACAUUCAGAUAUGGCAGAUACGAGACAGCCGCGCUGAAUGGAGACAUCUUUGCUUUCCGAAGGUGGUACAAUGGCGAAAACUACGUGAUCCUCGUCAACUUCAGGGAUGAAUCUUACACUAUUGACUUAAGCUAUUUCGAGAAUGUUACCGGGGAAUUGGAGGUCGUUCUUGCUAGUAUUCAGUCACCGAAGGACACUGGGGACGUGCUAGAGGCAACGGCGGUGGAGGUUGUCGGCAGCGAAUCUUUCGUCAUCAAAGUUAAAGCAUGAACGCGUCAAGAAAACUUGAUAAAAAUGGAUAAUAUGUAUAACCAAGUUUAAAAAAAA